UGAAAACUAGUAUGGGAAUCUCAGAAAUUAUGGAGAGGUGGGACAUAGUUUUAGUUUUGGUAGGGUUUAAACAUAGAUGGGUCUGGUUCAUUGAUUAGUCAUUAACCUUAUUCUGGGCUGGCCCAUGCAGUACGUGGAUGACAGUAGCAUCUGAUCCUUGGGCUGGUCUUGAUAUGGCAGUACCAACUGUAAAUCUAUAGUUGAUCUGAAUUCAGGACUCUUCUUUAUUCUGAUCUCUGGAUGAGAUCCAGCUGGUACACGGUUGUUAGCAGUACCGACAAUUCUAUUCCCGUACUGUGGCUUCCAUCUUUGCCCUUGCGUUAGUCUAUUGCAUGGGGCUUGCUUAACUUUUCACUUUGGACAAUCUUUAUGUAAGGCUGCAAGAGUUAGUUGUUCCUUGUUGAGCCUCGCAAGAAAUUGACUGCCAGCUCUCGAUCUAUUCCACAUUUCCACCCUUUAAGUAAAGCCCCUUCACUUGCCAAAGCUGGCAAUUCAGAAGGCUAGCCAUUCCUUAGAAUGGUUGCAGCAUUACUCUGAGAUCAGGUAUCAAGCACAAGAUGUAUUCCCCUCCCUGCACUGCUCCUGGAAACAACGGUGAGCAGAGCUUCGUGGCCGGAGCUAACCCGCUUGCUUUGCUAGACCAUGCCAUGGAUUUCGAUGAGCACACCCUUUAUCCUAUGCACAAUGUAGGGAUGCAAGAUGGGGUUCAGUUCUAUAAUUCCACCACUGGCGCCGAGCUAAGUAGAAAUAUGAGCAUGGAGAAAGGUUUGAAGGGCGGUAAAAGGAAGGGCUCGGGCGAGGGCAGUUCGUCAAUGCAUUCACAGGAGGAAACUGGUGCAACCUCUCAGAGAGAAGUCAACAUGGAUCGUGCUAGUGAGAAAGCAGGUGAUGCUGACAGCAACAGAGAGGACUACGUGCAUAUCAGGGCGAAACGCGGCCAGGCGACCAAUAACCACAGCCUUGCAGAAAGGUUUCGGAGGGAAAAGAUCAAUGAGAGGAUGAAGCAUCUCCAGGACCUCGUCCCAGGUUGCAACAAGAUAACAGGCAAGGCCAUGAUGCUUGACGAGAUCAUAAACUAUGUGCAGUCUCUGCAGCGGCAGGUCGAGUUCCUCUCGAUGAAGCUCUCGGCAGUCAGCCCCGAGCUGAACUGUGAUCUCGACCUCCAGGAUAUCCUAUGCCCGCAAGACGCUCGCUCCGCGUUUCCAGGAUACGGCCCGCGACUGAGCAAUGUUCAUCCUAGUAUGUACAGGGCAGCACCGCCAGGCCUCUCACGGCCAGAACUAUAUGGGAAUGGGAUGAUCCCAAACCCAGCAAAUGUUCAUAUGGCGAGAACGGCUCAGCUGUCUGCAUUCCCCCAGAGAGGUGUCGUCUGGGACGAGGAACUUCGCAAUAUUGGCCCGGUUGCUUUCCCUUCAGACGUUGGCACCAGUAGCUUAGAGAAUUCCGACUCAAUGAAACUGGAGUAGCUAGCCAGCAGCUGACGGUUUACAACGUGCCCUGUUGCGUAGAUCUCCUCUGGCUUAGCGAGUUUAACUGCUGUCGUUGAGGAAUGUACUCUGAAGAAUGUGUGC